CUUUCUGCUCCUCAGGUUGCCGUCGCUUACGCUGCGUGUGGACUGAAAAUUUGAAUUCGUAGCUUUUCGGCGUCCUUUUAAGCGAGUUCUUUCGAAUACUGUAUUAAAGCUGCAGUGUACUGUCAUCUCCAAGUCUAGUGUCGGUGCUUCGUGCCCGUCAUAUCUUGUCAACCCAGUCACAUGAACACGAAGGCGUUUGUGCCUUUUCUUUCAGGCUAACGGCUUAUGAUGCCUGCGAGACAAAAAGAAGAGAAAUUAUGGGCCUCAUCAUGCAGCGGAACCAGUACGGGCGACAGACCGCUGCCUAUGUUCAAACCACUGGCAAGGUGCGCCAAAUGAUCCGGCAAUACAUGAUGGAUGCAUCGAAGCUCCAAGAAGACCUGUCCAAAAGUUCACUGUUAAUCACUACUGGAGAGGUGGAGCGGCGCCAGUACAUGGCCAAUACAUUAUUAAACAAGGGGCGCGAACUUGAUGCCUUACUGACGAGCAAAGCACCUACACCUGGCCAACCUGGGAGGCAGGAGCUGCUGGGCACUGAACUGUCCAGCGUGAGUGAAGGUGGUUGGAAUGGAGAAGAAACUGAAGCCACGCAAAAUCUUAAUGUUGGUGAAAUCAGGGAACAGCAGCAGAGGAUUCUCAGAGAACAAGACAGAGGCCUCGAAGGUCUUUCACAUGUUUUGGGUCGCCAAAAAGAAAUGGCUAUUGGCUUCAACGAAGAGCUCAACCUUCACAAUGAGAUCAUCGACGACAUAUCUGAACACACUGACCGCAUGAGGGAUCGUCUGUUAAGAGAAACAAAAAAUGUGGCUGUAGUGGAUAGAAAGUCCGGAACCUGUUGGUACUGGGUUGUUAUUGUCCUUCUGAUGGUAGCCAUCAUUGUCGUUGCUGCUGUUAAAUUCUGAGCGUGUGUUCGGGUGUUUCAUGGACCUGAAGAUAUUAAUCAGUAUGAAAAUCCUGCACAGCCGAUUGUAAUGUACAUAAGACACGUUUAUAUACGGGCAGCAUUGCUUUUCAUACUUUAUAUAGUAACCCAAGAUAUAAUAACCACACCUUGUGCCUAUUCAAAGGCCUGUAAGUUAGUUUGCCUUUGUCACUGUACGCAAUGAAGUAAUAAAUUAUUUUUUUACAGAA